AUGAGUGCUCCAGCUAAGGCUACAUUUAGAAAAGCUGUGCCAAUAAGGGCAAACCUUAUAUUAUCAAGAAUCCCAUUAGUGGUACCUGAACAAACUAAAAUAGAGCAACAAUAUCAUGACUACCAGAACCAAUUAGAAAGAAGAAUGAUGUGGACAUUUCCAGCCUAUCAUUACUUUAAAAAAGGUACUCUUUCUGAGCAUAAAUUUUUGAGUGUUCAAAAGAAGCCUAUUAUUAAGAACCCAGAUGUCUGGUAUCCAAAGGGUGUCCCUGAUAUUCAGCAUGGUAGAGAGAGAAGUAAAGCUCAAGAAGUUAUUCUACCGCAGAAUGAGGGAGGGGAAGGGUCAAACAUUACUAGACCUGUUGAGAAGAAUCCUAUAAUAACUACCGCAGAUGAAUCUGGCGAUAAAUCUAGUUUAGAGAGACGAUUGAGAAACACACUAUAUCUUUUGGUUAACUACAAGAAAACUGGUUGGAAUUUCCCAAAGUUUGAGAUGAAAGAUGGCGCAUCACUUGAUACAGUUGCAGAAAAUGGACUAAGAACGAUAGGUGGUGACAAUAUAAACACAUGGACCGUGUCAAAAAAACCUGCUGGGGUGAUAAAGAGUGAAGAUGGCUCUUGUGAUUUUUUUAUUAAGUCUCAUAUAUUGGCUGGUAAAUUUAAUAUUGCCAAUGACUCGAAAAACGAUAUAACAGAAUAUGCCUGGUUAACGAAGAAAGAAAUAGCAGAGAAACUAAACAAGGACCAAUUCCAACUAACUGAGUAUUUGUUAACUAAAUAG